AUGGCUACUAGCAAAGUAGGUCCAGUCACGACUGUCCAACCAACGGCGAACGACACGCCAGCAAGGAGCGACGUUGACGGUAGUAGCAAUACAGAGGAUGGGAAAGAGAACCUAUGGAUCCGCUUCGUGAGCUUUCUGGGCUGGUAUCCCAAAGACAUGCCAAGUUCGGAGAAGCUUGUCGUGUUGAAGCUCGAUUUGAGUAUCCUGAUCUUUGGAUGUCUUUCGUUCUUCACAAAAUAUCUGGACCAGCAAUCUCUCACUAAUGCUUUCGUUAGUGGCAUGAGAGAAGAAAUCGGAUUAUGGGGCAACGAACUCAACUACAUCACCGCGACUUUCUGGGCCUCGUACUGCGGGUUCAUGAUUCCAGCUUGCUACUUCCUGACUCGAUACCCUGCCAACAUCGUCCUGCCGACUCUGGAAUUCGGAUGGGGCAUUAGCACGCUCGGAUUGGCGUUCGUGCAGAACGUCGAGGCUAUUUACGCUCUUCGCUUUCUGGUGGGAUUGUUUGAGUGCUGCAGCUUUACGGGCACGAUUUAUGUUAUAGGCUCCUGGUACAAUCCUACUGAGGUGGCGAGGAGGAUUGCGUUGUUCUUCAUUGCGAGUCCAGCGGGCACGAUGUUCGCGGGAUAUCUUCAGGCGGCGGCGCAUACGAACUUGGAUGGCGUGCAUGGGCUUUCUGGGUGGAGGUGGCUCUUUAUCUGCGACGGUAUCAUCACUCUCGGUAUCGCAUUCUUCGGCUACGUCUUCUUCGUCGACAUCCCCUCCCGCAAAAAGCCCUUCACCCUCACAGAUCGCGACUUCGCGCUCGCAAAAGCUCGAAUCGCCGGCCUCAGCAGUCCCCCCACCCUCAAGAUCUCCGCCUCCAUCUUCAAGCGCGUCCUCGGCCGCUGGCACUUCUACGUCUUCGUGACACUCUGGACCAUCUUUGACUUGAACUUCCUGCCGGGUGGCCAGCCGUUUUCGCUCUACCUGCGCGCCAACAGCCCUGAGAAGUACUCCAUCGUGCAGGUGAACACGCUGCCGACGAUCACGUCGGCGGUCAUGAUCGCUGCGGCGCUGAUUGCAGGCGUGACGGCGGACCGGUUGAACGGUAGAUUUUGGAUCCCGGCGCUGGUGACUACGGUGCCGGUUUUUGUCGGGAUGGUGAUGCUUAAUGUGUGGGAUGUUGGGGAGAGUGGCCGUCUGGCGGCGUUUAUGUUGCAGGGUUUCAUUGCUCCAAUCUCCCCAAUGUGCAUGGGCUGGGCGACCGUCAUCAUGGCCAAAGACGCCGAGGAACGUGCUGUCGUCACUGCGAGUAUGAAUUCCAUCGGCCAGGGCAUCUCUGCCGGCGCGCAGGUGGCUUUGUUCCCUGCCACCGGGGCGCCGAGAUGGAUCAUGGGGUUCAGGAGCAGUCUUGCGACGAGUAUCGUGCAGUUCUUUCUGAUCCUGUUGAUUCUGUAUUUGAGUAAGAGGGAGGCGAAGGAGAAGAUUGGGAGUGGUGGAGAUGACGAAGCUGCGGUAGGAGGACAAGGAAUUGUGGCUACGGAGGAAAAGAUCUGAGAGUUGGAGUGGG